GGAGCGCGGUGUUCAGGGAGGACUGUUUAAAGCGGCGAGGGAACUGGAAUGCUGCACAGACAGUCACAAGAGACACUGCUCAGAGCUGCCCAGGAAUGAGUGCGUCCCACUGCUAGUGAGAGCUGUCGCCGCUCAGUUAUAGAAGAGGCUCACUACAGUCGUCUCACCCUGAAACUGCAGAGAUGUUGCAUCCUCCUUUCCUCGACAGCUUUUUGGUGACACUGUUGCUGCUGCUAGCAGCUGCUGGAGGGGGAACCGAAGCCGGGAAGCCGCAGAGAGACUGCCCGUCUAUUUGUCACUGCGAGGAGGAUGGCAUGCUCCUCCGAGUUGACUGCUCGGACCUCGGGCUCACGGCUCUGCCCGCAAACCUGAGCGUCUUCACAUCGUACCUUGAUCUCAGCAUGAACAACAUCACCCAACUGCCCGCGAGUGCCCUUUUUAACCUCCACUUCCUAGAAGAGCUACGUCUUGCAGGAAAUGACUUGACACACAUCCCUAAGGGAGCCCUGUCUGGCCUUUUCAAUCUUAAAGUGCUAAUGCUACAGAACAAUCAGUUAAGACAGGUCCCUAGCGAAGCACUGCAGAAUCUCCGUAAUCUCCAGUCUCUCCGUUUGGAUGCCAAUCACAUCUACAGCGUACCGCACAACAGCUUCUCUGGCUUGAGCUCCCUGCGGCACCUCUGGCUAGAUGACAACUCCCUGACGGAGGUUCCAGUGCAGGCUCUCAGCAGCCUGUCCUCCCUGCAGGCCAUGACGUUAGCCCUGAAUAAAAUAACACGCAUACCUGACUAUGCCUUCGCAAACCUUUCCAGUCUGGUUGUCUUACAUCUCCAUAACAAUAGAAUUCACUCCCUGGGAAAGAAAUGCUUUGAUGGGCUCCACAGCCUUGAGACUUUGGAUUUAAACUUUAAUAAUCUGGAUGAAUUUCCAACUGCCAUCAAAGCCUUGAUCAAUCUUAAAGAACUUGGUUUUCAUAGCAACAACAUCAGGUCGAUCCCAGAAAGAGCUUUUAUGGAAAACCCUUCUCUCAUAACAAUAUUUUUCUAUGACAACCCUAUCCAGUUUGUUGGAAAAUCUGCUUUCCAGCACUUACCUGAACUGAGAAUGCUGUCACUAAAUGGAGCCACAGAAAUCACUGAGUUUCCUGACCUCACAGGGACCAAGAGUCUGGAGAGCCUGACCCUGACCGGGGCGCGGAUAAGCGCUCUUCCCGCAGAGAUGUGCGAGCAGUUACCGAACCUUCAAGUUCUAGAUCUGUCUUACAACCUGAUACAGCACUUGCCUACUUUUAAUGGUUGUGAAAGGCUCCAGAAAAUUGACCUGCAGCACAACGAAAUUCAAGAAAUCCAGACCAACACGUUUCAGCACCUGACUGCUCUGAGAUCGCUUGACCUGGCUUGGAACAAGAUAUGUGCGGUUGAUCCCAAUGCAUUCUCCCAUCUGCCUUCGUUAAUCAAGCUGGAUCUCUCAUCUAACCUCCUCUCCUCUCUUCCUGUCACUGGACUGCAUGGAUUAACACACCUUAAAUUAGCAGGCAACACAGACCUCCAGGAUCUAUUAUCUGCGGAAAACUUUCCAAAACUGAGGGUUAUGGAGAUGCCGUACGCUUUCCAGUGCUGUGCAUUCGUAUCCUGUGAAAAUCACAACAAACUGUCCAAUCCUUGGGACAAAAACGAGACCCGCAGCACCGACCAUUUUGUCAAGAAGGACAGCGGCAUUCUGCUCAGUCAGGAAGAUCAUGACUUUGAGGACUACCUUCUUGACUUUGAAGAAGACCCAAAAGCUCACCACUCGGUCCAGUGCACCCCAGCACCAGGUCCAUUCCGGCCCUGUGAUCACCUGUUUGGCAGCUGGCUAAUUCGCACCGGAGUGUGGAUUAUAGUGGUGCUGUCACUUGUGUGCAAUGGUCUGGUGGCUGUAACUGUCUUUGUUUCGCCAACCUACAUAUCUCCAGCUAAGCACCUCAUAGGGCUGCUUGCAGUUGUCAACAGCCUAAUGGGGCUUUCAAGUGGCGUUCUGGCUGUCGUCGAUGCCUUAACCUUCGGCAGCUUUGCCAAAUACGGGGCGUGGUGGGAAAGCGGAAUUGGCUGCAGGAUCACAGGGUUCAUAUCAGUCUUCAGCUCUGAGACGUGCAUCUUUUUACUGACGACCGCUGCGCUGGAGCGUGGCCUCUCCAUAAAGUGCGCCAAAAGACUGGAGUCCAAGUCCACCAAGAGCAAUGUCAAGAUCGUUUCCGCUUUCUGCUUCAUCCUGGCUUUGGCCAUCACUGUCCUGCCCCUGCUCCACGUGGGCGAGUACGGGAUCUCCUCCCUGUGUCUGCCUUUGCCUUUUGGAGAGCCGUCCAGCCUGGGCUUCAUGGUGGCCUUGGUUCUGCUCAACUCGCUCUGCUAUUUCGUGAUGACCGUCACCUACACCAGGCUGUACUGCAGCCUGGAGAAGGGCGAGCUGGACAACUUCUGGGACUGCUCCAUGAUCAAGCACGUGGCCUGGCUGCUCUUCACAAACUGCUUCCUUUACUUCCCCAUCGCCUUCCUGUCCUUCUCCUCCCUGCUCAACCUGUCCUUCAUCAGUCCCGAAGUGAUCAAGUCCAUCCUCCUUGUCAUUGUCCCACUUCCGGCCUGCCUGAACCCCUUGCUUUACAUGUUGUUCAACCCGCACUUCAAGGAGGACCUCGGCAUCCUGCUAAAGCAGACACGGCUGUUAAAGAAAUCCAAGCAGAGCAGCUUGAUCUCCUUGAACUCGGAGGAUGCAGAGAAGCAGUCUUGCGACUCCACCCAGGCGCUGGUCACCUUCAAGAGGUCGGAAAACCUGGGUGAUGCACCAGAGAGCAAGUCUGUCUCGUCUGCCUCCCAGAUCAUUGAAGCGUGCCCCUCCCAAUCAGCGACGUCUGUUCCCUACCACUAGAAAAAAAAACAAGAAUAUCCUGUAGGUGUCGUUGCUAUCUGACUUUCUCUUUGGGAUUAAAAACUCAUUAUAGGUUCAUUAAUGAAAUCAACGAAAGAUGCCAAACCAUGUGCUCAGUAAGUUAAGACGACUUAACAAAAAAGUACAAGUCUUUUUGCAACAUUUUUACACCAGUUAACUUAGACCAGUGCUUCUCAGGUCUGGUCUGCCAAGAUUAUGAACCAUUACACUCUGGUCGUCAAUACCCAUUUUGAAUUAACAUUGCUUUCCCGUGUACAAAAGACAGAGCUCACAGAAUCUUGGACGUUAGCGAUACGUGGCAAUUAUUCUGUGUAACUGUAAUGCAAAUAAAAGGGCCUGGAGGUUGAAACACAAGCGAGGCCUGAUUUGAGAACUGCUGCUGAGAAGAGGGCUGAGCGUUGUGGACUAAUUACCAACAGGGCAUUCUUGCUGCCUGCCUGUCUGUCUGUCUGUCUGCUCAGAACUACAGAGGCUCAGCUGUAUUUGCCCAGCAUGGGCUUGUAUCUUUGUGAUGUUUUCUAUUUCGUCUGCUGUUCCUCAAUCCAUGUACGGUACAUUUCAUUGUAGCAACUUAGCGCCAUAUGUUCUAACUUACCUACACCCUGGAAACACUCCUGAGCACUUAUAUGAGACUUACGUCUACCCUAAACCAAAACUUCCUAAAGCUUGGACUCACAACCAACCUCCACUCCAAAUGCACUUAUCUGAACCUUCAUUGUAGCUUUGUACUGGAAUGUACACAGCACGUGAGAACAUGUUGUACAGCAUUAUACAACGCUCAAAUAAAUGUUACCGUUAUAAAAGCGUAGCACAGUGUAAUAAAGCAUAGUAAAAGUAUAGUAAAUCAUACAUAAGCAUGGUCAGGCCCAUAGAGGUAUAGUAAAGCCUAUAUAAAAUAAAAACAACGCAAACAAUGGUAAAUGCAAGGGUUACUGUGGUAAACUUUUAUAAGGGACUUCCUGUUUUUUUAUUCUGCUAAUUCUGCAUUUCUACAGGCGUGCACCUUGAAAACAGGGUUACAAAGCACAACAGUCUUAUCAUGCCAGUUUAGUUCAGUAUUAACCCAUUCAGUCCUGCUUAUCUUAGCCCCAUGUGUUAACGGAUUAACAUGCCUGAAUAACGGAAUAACGUGCAGAAAUAUGUGUAAAAAAAAAAAAGUGUCCUGUUCCGAUGUGUACUCAGUCAAGGAGUUUGUUCUUCAGCUUGACAAAAACAAUGCAGGACUGAAAGGGUUAACAUGGCAUGAAGUAAGACCCAAUUUUCUGUUCUGAUCCAUGUUUGGUCAGUGCAAGUAAACCUCUAUACGGUACUGUCAAAUAUACUGGCAAACUGAAUUUUACAAUCAUACAGAACACACUGGUCUUUGCUUUGUUUAACAGGUUAAAUAAAACACCUCUUUAUUACUGUAACAAGCUUGUUGUCCUAUGUAAAGUAUUUGUGGUGUGUUUUUUUAUUUUUUAUAUUUGCUCUUUACAAUGUAAGCUGUGUUUUUUCCAUCUCCUACUUCACUGCAAUUCAGUUGGUAAGCUUUAGUAUUGAUUUAAAGUUCGGUGUGUUUGAACAGUAUAUGAAGUUAUGUCUAUAUGUUAUUUCGAGUUUGGUUAUUCGAAAGUGGCAAUGAACAAUGAAGACUUGACACUUGAAUAAAUCCCAAAUUAAAUGUUACCAGUAUGUUUCUAAAGAAAAUGUGAGUGCUACUGUUAUAAAUAAAAAAAAAAAAAGAUCUAUUCACAAAGCUGUAGCUCAAGUCAAGCUGAAUAGAGCACUGUUCCUCUUGCUGUGCCACAGUGUAAAUGGUAACUUACAUCCCUCUGCAAAAACUCUGCUUUACAGCUGCACUCAGAGAGCAGACUGCUCUUUCAAAGUGCUUUUAACUUUUAACACCAGGAUUUGAUGACUGAAACAGGAAAAUGAUACACCAAGUGAUUCUUAAAAUAAACAAAAAAAAAACAACAAAUAAAAACAGAAUACAUUAGUUAACAUAACUGUGAAAUCUCAUACCCAUGCAAAGAGGGUCUUUAACAGCAAUUCACAAGUUGAAUGUUUACAAAACUCUCGAGUUAAAUCUGUGUGAAUUAGACCCAGUGUUUCAAAGAGCUCCACGACGAACACAAACUUGUAAGGGAAUUUAAUCAUGUCUCCCUCCAGAGCCAUGUAGGAAGUAGCAAGAGACUUGUGUUCGGUUUGGUUUGUGCUGUACCAGGAGUUGUAGAAAGGGCAGAAUCUACCUGGACUUAUUAUAAGUAAGACACACUGAAGCAUUUUUUAACAUUAUGUAGUUUGUUUCAAUGCCUUUUACCAGAGUCUUCAUUUUUCAUGACACUUUCAAUCCUGUUUGCCAGCAAGAAUCACCUUUUCCAUGAUAUAAAUAUACAUCCCAUGAUUCUGUCACUAUUACCAGUUGUGCAUGUAGUAAUGAAUUGUCUUUUAUUGUUAAGUUUCUGUUUGUGAAGCACAGCCUAUGUAGGUCAGCAAGUUUGAUACAUUGCAAAACAGUGUCUGUUUCUUUAAAUGCGUUUUGAUAUUAAUUUUAAAUGAUAAUCAGAUUUUCAUGCAAAACUAUUUUUUUAUG